UUUGUUUUUAUACAAGAGAAGUGUUUGUGUGAAGGUUGUCGUUUAUAUUGAGCUUUCAGGAUGUCUGGUCGUGGAAAUAAGGUUCAGAAAGCUGCAGCUGGAAAGGGCUCUAAAUCAUCCAAGGCUGGCCUGCAGUUCCCAGUUGGUCGUGUCCACAGACUCUUGAAGAAAGGAAACUAUGCGGAGAGGAUUGGUGCGGCAGCUGCUGUUUACCUGGCAGCCUCUCUGGAGUACCUGUGUGCGGAGGUCUUGGAGCUGUCAGGAAACGCGGCCAGAGACAACAAGAAAUCAAGGAUCUUACCCAGACACAUCCAACUGGCAGUUAGAAAUGAUGAUGAACUCUCCAAACUGUUUGAUGGCAUCACAAUUGCUGAUGGUGGUGUCUUGCCUAACAUCCAUGCUGUGCUUCUACCAAAGAAAACUAGUAGAGGUCCAGGAUCACAAGAACAAAAAUCUGUUGAAUCUCAAGAAUUCUAAGUUGUGUAUCUUGAUUCUAUUCACUCAAACACCUAGCACUUUAACUUCCUUCUAAU